UUCCAACCUUCAUCUCGACCUCAACACCCUAGCUGGUGUCUUUCCCGGUCGGUUCAGCCUUUCACCGCCGGGAAUUUUCCUUCGAAACCACCCCAUAAGGCGCAUAUCUUCCCGCUCAUGCCUGCUUACGAUCCCGCAAAAUGGAUGGACCAACUUAUGAACUGCCAACAUCUCCCGGAAGCCGACAUGAAGCUGCUCUGUGAACAUGUUAGGGCCCUACUCAUGGAGGAGAGUAACAUCCAGCCCGUGUCGAGUCCAGUCACCAUCUGCGGUGAUAUACAUGGCCAGUUUUGGGACUUGUUAGAGUUGCUGAGGAGAGGCGGUAUGGUACCAGAGACGAGCUACAUCUUCAUGGCGCGUCCUCCUCAGUUCUUUCUCAGCUCUGAAUAUUGAGCGCACAAACAGGGCGAUUUUGUUGAUCGCGGGCAUUAUAGCUUGGAAACCGUGUCGCUGUUGUUGGCGAUGAAGGCUCGGUAAGAUUCCCUCUUCGUCUUCCAAGGCAAGGCUCUUGUAGACAGCUUAGAUAUCCGGAUCGGGUAACAUUACUGCGCGGAAACCACGAAAGUAGGCAAAUUACUCAGGUCUAUGGCUUCUAUGGCAGACGAGUGCCAGCAAAAGUACGGUAGCGCAACUGUUUGGAAGGCAUGUUGCAAUGUUUUCGACUUUCUCAACAUCGCUGCAAUAAUUGAUGGGGAGACGUUAUGUGUGCAUGGCGGUCUUUCUCCCGAUAUCCGCACGUUGGACCAAAUUCGAGUCCUCUCUCGAGCGCAAGAAAUACCACACGAAGGCGCCUUUUGCGAUCUCAUGUGGAGUGACCCUGACGAGGUCGACAACUGGGCUGUUUCUCCUCGAGGUGCUGGCUGGCUUUUUGGAGGAAGCGUAACGCGCGAGUUUAACCACGUCAACGACCUCCGUCUUAUCGCGCGUGCCCACCAACUUGUAAACGAAGGCUACAAACAUAUGUUUGAUGAACAAUUGGUGACGGUUUGGAGUGCACCGAAUUACUGCUACCGAUGCGGUAAUAUGGCGGCCAUAUUGACGAUCACCGAGACAGGGGAGAGUAAGUUCACUGUAUACGGCGCGGCGGAAGAGAAUGAGCGGGACAAGGGACUGCAGACACGACGUAUGAAUACUGUACCUUAUUUUGUUUAG